AUGAUCUGGGCAUACAAACCAAAGGGGCACUUCACUGUCAACAACUCCUAUAAAGUGGCGAUAUCUAUAACUCAAACCUCAGGGUUGGCAGAAACAUCCCAUGACAGCGAGCAGUCUCGGUUUUGGCGCAAGCUUUGGGACCUCCAUGUGCCAAACAAGACAAAGCUUUUUGCAUGGAGAGCAUGCAAAAACAUCCUACCUACCAAAGCCAACCUCUACCAUAGAGGAGUCAUUGACGACCCCACCUGUGAAGCUUGCGCUCUUGCACCAGAGACCGUUGGGCACUUGUUUUGGGAUUGCACUAUCACUAAAGAAGUAUGGAACCUCUCGGACAUACCGCUUGAUAAAAAUGGACUCCACCACAGGGACUUUAUGGACUUCCUUUGGCAUUUAAUUUUCAAGCAACACGUGGACACUAAACUGGUUGAACUAGUCAUCAUCAUGGCAUGGAGUGUAUGGCUCAGUCAAAACAAUGCUCACCUGGGGAAAGCUUGCCAAUCUCCGCUUGAAACCACGUUGCGAGCUCGGUCAUUGCUGCACGAAUACCAAUUGGCUCACACUCGGCCCACCCAGCUCAAGGAAGCCAUGGAUGGUCGUUGGGUCCCACCUACAUUCCCAUGGUACAAGGUUAACGUGGAUGCUGCUGUUUUUUCCCACCUCGGCGUAACUGGAAUCGGUGUGAUCAUACGAGACCAUUUUGGAUCGGUUAUUGCUGCCCUCAGCAAGCGCCUCCCACUUCCUUUGGCUCCUUUAGAGGCAGAAGCUAAAGCACUGGAUGAAGCUACGGUUUUUGCAUAG